UUGUCACUUUGUGUUGUUUUUAAGGGGUAAAUAAGGUAUUAUAUAAUGCAUAUUGUUAUGUAACGAGGUGGUUAUGAGUGUGGGGUGUCAAAAUAUAAGGUAGCUAAUGGUUUAAACGUCAUAAAAGGAGGAAGAUAGAGAGGAGGAGAGAAGAGGGAGGUACCCAGCCUGCUACCUAAUGUUGGUGUUGGUUUUGCUGCUAGCCAGCCAGCCAGCCUUCUCUCGACUCUCCCAUUCACCUUCAGCAGCACCCACAAGAAGUAGUUUGUCCUGUCAGAGGGUGGGGUGAUGCCUAAAGCUCUCUGUGCACCAUCUCUGGGCUGCUGAAUCUUCUGAGUCGACAUCACUUCUUCUAGUCUUUGGGAGGAUGGAGAUGGAGAUGGAGAUGGAGUGUUUGCAGUGGGCUAGCAAGUCCUGAUCUUUUUGUAUUUCAUUAACAUGUGUUUCAUGUGUAGGAAUGGGAAGAUGAGAACCUUAUGAAGAAGAAAGCUUUGGACACAAACUGGACUCUCUCAUCAGAGUGGACACCCCCAUCGUGGAUCUUAUUACAUGCCUUUUAAACACAUCCUGUUGAAGACCCCCCUCACUAUCUUUCAACCACUUUUUUUAAUCUUCAUGUCUCCAGGUACAAGUACAGAUCCAAGCUAGUUGGCCCCCCCGUUUUUGUUUUUAAUUUUUUUUACUUUCACCUUUUGUUCCUUUGUAAAGAAAUGCUUUACCUGAAAAAAUACUUCACAGAGGGCCUGAUUCAGUUCACCAUCCUUCUGAGCCUCAUUGGGGUGCGGGUGGACGUUGACACCUAUCUGAGCAAUCAGCUGCCCCCACUGAGAGAGAUCAUCCUGGGCCCUAGCUCAGCCUACACCCAGACACAGUUUCACAACCUGCGCAACACGCUGGACGGCUAUGGCAUCCAUCCAAAGAGUGUGGACCUCGACCAAUUCUUCACCACUCGGCGGCUGCUGAACCAGGUGCGCCAGCUGGAUCGCCUCUCCGUGCCCAGUACCGAGCUCAACACCUGGCUAGUGCAUCGUGACUCAGAGACUGUGGUGUCCACCAGCAGCCAGUCCAGCCCCAGCAUCACCCUGGACAAUGGGGGCGGCCUAGAGGACGUUAACAACCCUGACGCUACCCCGGCCAUGAGGGGAGGAAGCGGAGCACCUGAAUCCACGUACAACCUGAACGCAGCGGACAGCAGCCUGGGAGCCGUGGCCCCAGAGGGCAACCAGGAGCAGGGCAGCAGGGAUGGCAACGACGACCUCACCAAAGAGGACAUUGACUUGAUUGACAUCCUAUGGAGACAGGACAUCGACCUCGGUGCAGGAAGAGAAGUGUUCAACUACAGCAACCGGCAGAAGGAGAGCGAGGAGGAGAAGCCCAACCCACACGAGAACAAAGACGGGAAUGAGGAACAAGAGAGCUGGAGAAAUGGAGUAAACUUGCAAGGUGCUCAGCCGGUGGACGGGGAGACUGGAGAGAGCAUCCCAGAGCAGCUCCCAGGUCUCGGCUCUCAGACUUCACUGUCUCUACAAGAAUGCUUGAGGCUGCUGGAGGCCACUUUCCCUUUUGGAGAAGAAUCGGAGUUUCCAGCUCCGGUUGUCACCCCGGAAACAGUUUCCAAUGAAGGAGUUCCUUCUACGUCUCAGGGUCUUCCUGUGGCUCCACCGCUGCCCCCAGCGGCGGAGCCACAGUUAGACCUGGAGCAGCAGUGGCAGGACAUCAUGGCCAUCAUGGAGCUACAGGCAAUGGAAGUGAACAGCACUUCGCCCCACAGCAACUCCAGCAGUGACAGCGGCUCAAGUGGGACGACUGAGUCAAACGAUGUGGGAAACUUUGGAGUCUCUACUCGGCUGACGCCGGUGAACCAGGAUGUCAGCCUCCACCAGGCCUCCCUCCCCAGCUGCAGCCAAGACUUCCCCCAGAUUUUCACCCCCCAGUUGGACUCUACUAGCAUCCCGCCGAGAACCACCAUGCUCAGACUAUCCUCCAGCAACUCCAGCAACAUCAACUCCACGUUUGGAGCCACUAACCUGACCGGGAUCUUUCUGCCGCCACACAUUAAUAGUUCUAGUACCAACAUCACAUCCACGCCUAUCCUGCCCGAUCCAUUCAGCAACCUGCUGGAAGAGUCCAUGCUCGAUGAGAUCAGCCUGCUGGACCUCGCCAUGGAGGAGGGCUUCAGCCAGGCCCAAGCUUCCCAGCUGGAGGAUGAGCUUGACUCAGAUUCUGGUCUUUCCCUGGACUCCAGCCACAGCCCGGCCUCCCCAAGCAGCUCCGAGACAUCCUGCUCUUCGGCAGCGUCUUCGUCUUCGACGUCCGCCACCUUCUCCGAGGAGGGAGCUGUGGGCUACAGCACGGACUCUGAGGUCGCCACCGCGGAGACGGAGGAAGGUGCUGUCGGUGGUUAUCAGCCCGGGUACAGUAAGCUCUGCCGCAUGAGCUAUCAGGACCCCUCCCAGUUCCACGGCCUCCCUCAGCUCGACAGCAUCGGCCACAAUCAUACCUACAACCUGCCGCUUUCCUCUGCGUUCGAUGAGCAUCCGGAGCUCCCCCUUUCAACCGGGAAGAAGACCGUCCGCGACAAACACUCAAAGCUUCAGCCUUCUCAGGACUUGCUCGACAAGCACUCGAGUCGCGACGAACGCCGAGCCCGGUCCAUGAAAAUCCCCUUCUCCAACGAGAAGAUCAUCAACCUGCCUGUGGAGGAGUUCAACGAGCUUCUCGCCAAGCACCACCUGAGCGAAGGCCAGCUAGCGCUCAUCCGCGACAUCCGCCGGCGCGGCAAGAACAAGAUGGCGGCCCAGAACUGCCGCAAGCGCAAGCUGGACACCAUCAUAAACCUGGAGCAGGGCGUCCAUGACCUGCGGCGCGACAAGGCCCGCCUGCUGAAGGAGAAGAUGGAGUUCAUCCGCUCCAUCCGGCAGAUGAAGCAGAAGAUGCAGAGUCUGUACCAGGAGGUGUUCACUCAGCUCCGGGACGAGGAGGGCCGGCCCUAUCCUCCCAACGAGUACUCGCUCCAGUACAGCGCCGACGGCAGCGUGCUCAUCAUGCCUCGCGGCGUGACGACUGCUGAGCAGAACCGUAAGCCCGAGAAAAAACAAAAAGACAAAAAGAAGUGAAGGGGGAGGGAGGCAAACUGCUGUUUAUUCUAUCACUUUGCUAAAUCAAUAAGAACGAUUUCUGCAGAUGCAAGAGAGAUGUCCUUUUUUCCUUUAAGAAGAUUCUGGUGAGUAGAAAAAAUGGCAUUGUUGACUACUCUUCCUGCAUUAGUUUCUCCCCUUUCAUUCUGUUCCCACAUUUUUUCCCUGGAAACAACUUUGAAGCAGAAGUAGCUCUUCGUUUGAGUACUGAUAUUUCAUUAUUUAGACGGGGGGGGGAAACGAUAAGCGAGGAGACGAGGGACGUAAAAGGACAUAAAAUGAGCUAUUAGAAAAAUUUUAGCUGCUCUUGAUCCUUUUGCACCGAAAACCGCUGAGGAUGGAUUUGUAGGGUAAAAAACGAGGGACUGGUGACGUGAAAAGUGGGAGUAAAAGAACACUGUCGACGAGGACGGUUGGAGUACCUAUGCACCGAAGGUUUUAAAGGACAGAUCACAUCCCACCCUGGAGACUUUUAGUGAUUUUUUUGUCACUGAGGCUUUUAAGUUCAGGCAAAGAAUGGUUGUGAGAGUUUAGAUACCAAAGGCUACAGGAAGUCCAUCAUUUUAGGAUUAACACCUAUACUAACCAAAGGUUGUAUGGUGAUCUGAAAACAUCUUAAAUGCUCAAACGCUGAACUCCAAUUCUGUCGGUUUGUGCGUCGCAAAAUCCACAGUUUUUGAGUCAGUCUGUCGGCGGCAUCUAAGUUUAGAAGGCCCUGAAGAGAUUGGGUUUGAUGUGUGGAUGUUGAGACGAGAAGGAGUUCAGAGGAUGAGAGAGUGUUGCUGGGCCGGCCACUGCUAAAAGAGGCCCGGAGGUGAAGUCCUGCGAGAGGAGCAAAUGGGAUGUCUUAGGGAGGAGACGCACUGCAUUGCAAAAUGUAUCAACUUCCUUAUAAAUUAUACAUAGCACUGUAAUUUGUCUUUAAAAAGGCUUGGCUAUAUGCAUUUUGCCGUGUCUGUCGCUGUUCCUUCGCUGCAGGUUUAAAUACGGGAGCUGCGUUUAGGAAGGCUCUUAUUAACUGUUCAUAAUCUGUAGUAUAAGCAAGGUUAUAGGUCACAUCAGCUUCAUGUAAAAGUCUACACUCUUUUUUUGUUGGUUUUAAAAAGCCUGUAAUCAUAAAGAAGAUGAUGGGCCAGGAGCUCCAGAGGUUUCCACCGACUCCAGGCUGUCAGUUAUGGAUCAUUAUUUUUUGUUUCCUCUUUGACGCCUCGUUUUAAGCACUAAUUUAAUUGUCGCUGUGGUAAAGCGAUAUCCCGUUUAAUUAAUUUAUUUGCCAACGUUACCCAACUGAAAGCCACUUGAGGCACUUUUUAUUUUUAACUGCUGUAAAAGCCGAGUCGUUGGCUUAAAUAUUACGAGUCCUAUGUUUUUAAGUUGUUUUGUGUUGAUAAUAACAAAGUGAGCCAAGUUAUCAAAUGAGAUAAAAAAAAAAGGUUAUUUGAAUGUGUGAAAUGACGGUGUGUGUCGUGGCCACUUUGAUUUGAAUGCCUUUUAUUUCACUCAUUAUCUCUCACUUUUAAUGUUUUGAGAAGUGAAGGUUCUCAAAGUAGAAGUGCUAUUACUCGUCUAUUUGAAUGAGGUUCUGUCGGUACAUGUUACAUCGCCCUCUUUUAACAAAAAGAAAAAAUAGGUCAGUUGUUGCAGCUGCGAUACGGUUAGGCUAGAAUAUUUACAAGAGGCUGAACAGAACUCGCAACAUUAAGAUGAUGUCCAAAAAAAUAGUUUUUUGAAAGGAGAAGUGUCCUCAUUAAAUGUGAUAUUCAGGCAUGAAACUCUGGUUAACAUUCACGUCAGUGUAACCCAGUCGGUACGACACCCAACUAUUUAGUACUGCUACUACUUAGUGCACUUUUCUUUUUUUUUUGUCUGUCUUGUUAUGUAAAUAUUUUCAUGUUUGUGUUUGUCAUGAUUUAUGUAGUUUGUCAAAUGUCUCCAUAACGGUCUCACCCUCUGCUUUCAGUUUGGAUGUAGUUCCCUCUGUUUUGAGAUAUUUGCCGGCAAUCAAGAAUUGUUUUUAUUGAUUAAUAAAGUGUUUUUAUUUUCA